CAUUUUUGCUCCGUUUGUCUAAAGCUGAAGUCCUGUGUCCAAACCCCUCUUAAACCCUCUCUUCAUCAACACGGUUGACGUGUUCAUUUUUGUGCCAUUUGUCUAAAGCUGAAGUCCUCUGUCCAAACCCCUCUUAUACCGUUUCCCAAAUUCUCGAUCUCAAAUCUCUCUCGGCGGCGGGCGAUAAUGGUGGUGCCGUCGUCGUCAGCCACAUCACAGUCUCUCCGCUUCUCAUUCUCAAUUACGCCCUCGCCAUCACGUACAUUACCUAAACAGCCCCUCCCAAAGUCCAGCUUCCGCCUCUCUCGUUACGUGCCGUUACUCAAACCGAUCUCAGCCGUCAAAACCGAAGUCUCGGUCCCCGAUGAGCGUAAACCGCCUAUAUUCCCGACGGUCGGCGGCCCGAAUGUGGAAGCGAUUGAGGUUGACAAGGUGACGGAGGCGGAGCUGAAGGAGAAUGGGUUCAGGAGCACGCGCAGGACGAAGAUCGUGUGCACGAUCGGACCACGCACGUGCGGGUUUGAGGAGCUGGAGGCUUUGGCUGUAGGAGGUAUGAAUGUGGCGCGAAUUAACAUGUGCCACGGCACGCGUGAGUGGCAUCGGCAAGUUAUCGAACGUGUGCGGCGGCUGAACGCAGAGAAAGGGUUUGCUGUUGCGGUAAUGAUGGACACUCAAGGGAGCGAGAUCCACAUGGGAGAUCUUGGCGGUGCCGCAUCAGCUAAAGCCGAGGAUGGUGAACAUUGGACCUUUACUGUGCGUCCUUUUGAUGUAAAUUUUCCUGAACGUACUAUUUCUGUCAAUUAUGAUGGUUUUACUGAAGGUAUAACUUUAGAAUUCCCAAUUAUAUAUGUUGUCUAAAUGCAGUCCCUGGCUGCAAUUUUAUGACUUUAAAAUUUCAUGUUACUUAAUAAACUCAC